AUGAAUAUACCUAAAGUAAAUGAUAAGUUUUCAACUUUGGAAACUUUAGAGGAGGCUGCUCAGGCUGCCGCGAAAGCCCAAGGUUUUGCUUUUUCACGAUGUAGUAGCAACCUAGAUGGUAAAAAUGGCAAGUCCCCAUAUGUUAUUUUACAAUGCACAAAAGGUGGUAACUGGCGCAAUAAUUGGGAUGUAACUCCUGAAUCACGUAAAAGAAAUAAUGAGCCUCUUUCAACAUCGAUGUUUAAAUGUCACCAAAAAAAACUUUUGCAUGAUCUGAUUAACAUCAAUGCACUCACACGUAUUAUCACUACUGCUAUCAAUAAAGUUGAUAAUGGUGGUGUCAUUAUGCCUAAAGAUGUAGUGAACAAACGAGCACGAAUUAAAUAUGCGCUCAAUGAAGGUCCUAAUGCUGACUGUGCUCAGAAGCUUUUGCGUCUUCUUCAACAACGGGACUAUAUGAUAGAGUUACUUAAAACACAAGAUGGACAUUUAACAUAUUUGUUUUUUUCUCAUGUUGAAGCAGCAAAGCAUACCGCGAAAUGUUAUGAAGUUUUAAUUGUAGAUGCCACUUACAAAACAAAUGUGUAUAAAUUUCCUCUUGUAAGUGCAGUGGGUAUUAGUAACAUUGCAAAUGAGAAAGGUUCUUUAAAAACAUUUCAGAUCGUGAUGGCAUGGAUGCAAAAUGAAAAUGAGGAUUCUUAUAAGUGGUUUUUGACAAUGCUUCGCAAAAAAGUAUAUGAUGCUUACGAUUGUCUCCCAUGUGUAUUUAUGUCUGAUAGGGAUCAAGCGCUUAGAAAUGCCUCCAGAGAAGUUUUUCCAGAAGCAGACAAAAUGUUGUGUAUAUGGCAUUUGAUAGAUCAAAACCUUAAAACAAAUUGCCAGGUUAUGGCUUUACAAUUAACAUUUGACGAAAAGCAUAUAAUAACAGCAAUGAAUUCUAUUAAAAACGCUGCAGAAAAGGCAUAUGAUCCCAAAAAACCCUUGGCGUAUGUUGACACUUUAAUGAAAGACUCUAAAUUAUGGAUUUAUGCAUUUACAAAAAAUUUCUGUCAUAUGGGUAUCUCAACAACUGCAUGUGCUGAAUCAUCGCAUAGUGCUUUUAAACGAGCUAUAGAAACAGCCAGUGGAUUAGAAUCAGUUUUUGAAAAUAUCGAUCAAAGGAUGCGAAUGCAAAAUCUCAAAACUGCUAUAUACACUGGUACUAACAAAGUAGCUUGUGAUCCAUUCACUCUGCGUAAUUCUCGCUUUAGUAUGAUUAUUGGUAAUGUAUCGACAUAUGCAAUUGAUAGAAUGAAAAAUCUUUUAGUCGAAAUUCAAGAGAAUCCAACAAAAUAUAAUGAAGCAACAGCUUGUCAAUGUCUAAUAAGAAUUAAUUAUAAACUUCCGUGUUACCACACAAUUCCUAAAGAAGGACCAAUUCCUCUUAACAUUAUUGAUAAGUGCUGGUACCUUUAUAGGCCUGAUAUAAAAGAUCUUUUGAGUUCUUCUUUAGAGUCAUUAGAUACCGACCCAGCAUUUUAUAAAGUCUUUCUUAAAGCUGAAAAUACAUUCUGCCAACUCCUGGAUAAUGCUUCUAUAAAGACAGAAUUUAUAACCCGUAUUGAUCAAACAGUCACAAUGCCACUUUCUGAAUCUUUAAAGACACCUAAAAUUGAAGUUUUAAAAGAUCGUUAUUCAGGAACAAAGCUUACCUUUCAUAAAGAUGUUGAUAUGUACGAAGAUAUUGUACCAAUGUUUAUGAAAGAGUUCAUAUUGAACUAUAUAAAUGUUCAUGGUGAUGGAAACUGUGGUUUCCGUGCUAUUGCUGUAUUGCUUGAAAUGUCUGAAGACGAAUGGCCAACUGUACGACGAACUAUUUUUGAUGAACUAAUUAAUCGAAAAGCCCAUUACACUCAACUAUUUAUUGAAGGUGAAAAUGAAUACAAUACAGUUGUUUCAAUUGUACAAUGGGAAAAAGGUUCAUGUAGUGUUGAAAACUGGAUGUUAAUGCCAUCUUUCGGAUAUCCGAUUGCCAAUGCUUUCAAACGACCAGUUCACUACUUUAGUAGACAUCAAUGUUUAACAUUCCUGCCCGAUAAUAUCCUGUUGAACCGAAACCAACCAAUUGUUUUUGCCUUUAUUGAUAAGCAAAAUCAUUAUAUUGCUAUGAGGUUAAAGCCAAAUGCUCCCGUUCCAGUGAUUGUUAAUAGAUGGCAAAAUAUAUGUUCAAAUCAAAGUAAAAUUUGGGAAAAGCUUUUUGAAGCAAGAAUUUCAUGCUUUCAAAAAGCCUUUGAGAAAGAACACAGUUUAUAUUCAAAAGACCAAGCAACUAUUGAAUUAUCUUAA